AAGACACUGGAAGACGGCGGGGCGGGGAGCGGCGCGCGCGGGCCGCGGCAGAGCAGGAGGCUGCAAGGAGAGCCCGCGGGAGCAUUGGGGGUGCGAUUCCUCCGCCCCUGCAAAACAAUGUGUGGCGUGCAGUGGGGCGCAACUUGCCGGAGGCGGCGGGGGCGCGCGGAGCCUGCCUGAGACCGCGCCACUGACCUUCUCCCCCCGCCGUCCGUUGGGCGAGAGCGCCCAGCUCCUCGCUCCCCAGCUCGCGGGGGCCGGGCCGAGCUGCGGGGCGGGGCCGCCCCUCCGUCGCUGCUGCCUCCUCCCCCACCCCCAGCCGCGGAGGAUGCGGACGGCCCCCGGCGGCGUCUAGCGGCCCCGGGCCCAGGCGCGAUGGUGCAGCAGCGGGGCGCGCGGGCCAAGCGGGACGGCGGGCCGCCGCCCCCGGGGCCCGGGACGGCCGAGGAGGGGGCGCGUGAGCCCGGCUGGUGCAAGACCCCGAGCGGCCACAUCAAGAGACCAAUGAACGCGUUCAUGGUGUGGUCUCAGCACGAACGGCGGAAGAUCAUGGACCAGUGGCCCGACAUGCACAACGCCGAGAUCUCCAAGCGCCUGGGCCGCCGCUGGCAGCUGCUGCAGGACUCGGAGAAGAUCCCGUUCGUGCGGGAGGCGGAGCGGCUGCGCCUCAAGCACAUGGCGGAUUACCCGGACUACAAGUACCGGCCGCGCAAAAAGAGCAAGGGGGCGCCCGCCAAGGCGCGGCCCCGCCCCCCCGGCGGUGGCGGCAGUGGUGGCAGCCGGCUCAAGCCCGGGCCGCAGCUGCCUGGCCGUGGCGGCCGCCGAGCGGCGGGUGGGCCUUUGGGGGGCGGCGCGGCGGCGCCCGAAGACGACGACGAGGACGACGACGAGGAGCUGCUGGAAGUGCGCCUGGUCGAGACCCCCGGGCGGGAGCUGUGGAGGAUGGUCCCGGCGGGGCGGGCGGCCCGGGGACCAGCGGAGCGCACCCAGGGGCCGUCGGGCGAGGGGGCAGCUGUCACCACCGCCUCCCCGACUCCGUCGGAGGACGAGGAGCCAGAGGAAGAGGAGGAGGAGGUGGCGGCGGCGGAGGAAGGCGAAGAGGAGACGGUGGCGUCGGGGGAGGAGCCGCUGGGCUUUCUGUCCAGACUGCCCCCCGGCCCCGCCGGCCUGGACUGCAGCGCCCUGGACCGCGACCCGGACCUGCCGCCUCCCUCGGGCACGUCGCACUUCGAGUUCCCGGACUACUGCACCCCCGAGGUUACCGAGAUGAUCGCGGGGGACUGGCGCCCGUCUAGCAUCGCCGACCUGGUUUUCACCUACUGAGCCCACCGUCAGCGGGGCGCGCACGCCCCCAAACCAGCUGUUUACAUACAGGAAUCAGGUAUUGGGGCCCCUCGGAGGCCGAGGCUGGCACCCCAUCUUCCGCGCAGCCUCCCCCCUCCCAGACGUGCCCAUCCCCCUCGAAUCCAGUCAUGCCCCUCCCCCGCAGACACACCCCAAAGGCAGCCCAACCCCCACCCUUCCCUGACAUCCAAGCCCCUCCCCGUCUUGCCCUCUCCUGCACAGCCACCAGCAGCCAGCCCCCUCCGAUACACCUCCCGUCCUCCUACAGACCUGUGCGCCCCUCCCCCACUAUGCACAAGCCCCUCCUCUUGGCCGGAGGACACGCCCCUGCCUUUGCUCCCGAAUCCCUCUGCCUUCGCCUAGCUCGCCUCCUUUCUCGUGUAGGGGGGCGCUGCAGCCGGCGGCCCCGUGCACUCCUUCCAUGCCCCUCCCCUCCCAGGGCGGGGGAGGGGCGCGCUCCUUUCACCCCGGGAGCGCUGGAACCCGCCUCCUUCUCGCGCAUGCUUAAUUCUUCUUGGGAGGAGAGGGCUGGUCCCUGUCGAACCGCUCGCCUCCGUGGCCCGCUCCUGGGAGAAGCGGAGCGCGUAUAGAGCGAUCCUGAGAAAUCUUUUGAUCCGGGAGCCGCGGCUUCCUUUCAACCCGACGGGGCGUCACUGCCUUAAUGGGAGGAGCACUAGGAAAGGGGAGAAAGGGACUAGCUGGCCCGGAAGGGUUGGUUUGGAGCUUGGAACUCUUCCCAAGUCGCAUAGCCCCCUUUCGCUUACGGGGUCGCUCAGAUCCACGUGGACCCCCCUCACACCGACUGCUUGAAUGCCCCUACAGCCUAUCUUGGUCCUCAGAAACCUACCUUUCAUUCCCCCAUCUGGGAAUUGGGAAUAGGGGUCUUUCUCUGGAAAUCCACCACGAGAGGAAGGGGCUGCCCGAGAAAACUCAGAGAGAAGACAGAUACCAGUCUGUUUGGAGACAAGGUCCCUGCUUGCCCCCCACCCCGGGGGAAGUGCUCUGUCACCUCAGGGCACUCUCCCAACCUGAGCUCCUCCCAAAGCCCACAGCCCCUUGCUAUCACCCGAGUCCCUCUGUGCCCACAGUGACAGUAUUCAAUGGGAGAAACUGAGGCACGUUGCUACUAGCUGGUUGAGACUGAGGCGUGAUAGCAGAUGGAGUGGCGAGAAGAGCCCCACCUUUAAGCAGCUGGCUUGAGAGAGACCCAUCGACUGGACCAGUGAGACUGAAGGACGGUCAGAGCAGUGAAGGUGUGCCCUGUGCGCCUCAGUUUUUCCAUGCGAAAAAUAGGGAUAGCGCUGCUGUAGGAGGAAGUUGUGUCCAGUUCGGGGUGCCUUCUGGACCCUGCCCCUGAUGUUACCCCUCUUACUCCAACUCACCGCUCAAGUCCCGCCCCUCCGGCCUCCCCCACUCUUGCCCUCACUACCUGUAUCUCACCGGCGUGUGUUCACCCUCCCAGGUGUGCACACACUCUCAUUCACACACACAAAUCUCAGGAACAAACGGUCCCAGAGUCCUCCGGGACCCCUGCCCAGGGUCUCUGCAGGUCUCUGCCCCACGCGUUCCCGUCGCUGACAAAGCCACCAGCUGCCUACUUUAAGCUUGGUGCUCCGGCUCUGGGCCUUUCUCGCGCGUUCUUUCUUCUUCUCUUCUCUUCUCUUCUCUUCUCUCUCUUCUCUUCUCUUCUCUUCUCUUCUCUUCUCUUCUCUUCUCUUCUCUUCUCUUCUCUUCUCUUCUCUCUUCUCUUCUCUUCUCUUCUCUUCUUCUCUCUCUUUUUUAAGAAAAAAACAACCACAAAAAAAAAAAAAAAGACAAUGAAAAACCCCCAGAAAAUGUCAUGUGAGUGAAGAGAUGUCACUGUCUGUGGUCUUGGAGAACUAGUCUCAUAGCUGAGGGGAGGGAUCCCUCCCAUCUGGGGCACUGGCACCCGCCGCAGGACUUCUGCCAGUCUGAUGCGAGGACUGAAUAAAGUGUAUUUGCCCCGACCUUGCCCUGUGGUUCUACAUGUCUGUGCCUUUCCUCAACCCUCCCUAUUUUGACAAAUUCAAGUCCAUUGAUUUAGCACCAUACAGGAAGAGCUGGGGAUCCUAGGCCAAGGCACCUGGCCCCUCCAAGCCUCUGUCUCCCUCUAUCUCAGGACUCCCUGGUCUACAUUAAGGAUGGUAAACUCAUUCCUGCAGUGGCCAGACAGGUAACAAAUGAAUGAAAGCAUCUGGGUGGACACUGGCUUCAUGACCCACUUUCAAGGGGGCCAGCUGCUUACCUCCUGCCAGUUGUGAAUCAGAGAAUGCAGUCCACAGUGGCCAGGUGGCUAGAUUUUUCAAGAGUAGGUGGAAAUUUGGAUGUUUCUAUGAACAUCUCAAUUUCAAAAUGAAAGCUGACUGAAAUAUUUUUAAAUCCUUAUGGACCAAACGUAAUGUGCAGGCACUCCUGGUCCAAGGUGGCCAAUUUGACUCUGAUCUUAAUGAGGAUUAAGAAGCAGGGUUGGGCCACAUUGGGCUCAAAGCCCAGCUAUACCACUGAGAACCUGUGUGACCUUGAGCAAGUUUACUUAACCCUGACCCUGUAUGUGUAACUUGGGGAUGAUAGUACCUGCUGCAUAGGGUGAAAUGAAGUUUGAGGUGAGACCCAUUUAACAUGGUGCUCCAUAAAUUGUAUUACUCCCUUCUCCAGAGGAGGAAACAGGGUCAGAGUGAUGAGGCAACUUGCAGGACGGCCUGCAAGCAGCCAGAGUCAGAUAUGGGGCUCCAAAUCUUGGUUUUUGUCUCCUGGUGAAGUAUUACUGCCUCUCCCUUCCUGUUUGAAUCUGCAGAUGGUGUGUUAGGCUGUCAGCUCAGAGCCUGGAGUGGUCCCAGUGCCUGGCACGUAAUUGGCCCGAAGUAUAGAUUUACUGAAUGAGUAAAGAAAAGCAACAAGCCACUGUUCCUCUCCUUGAGAUUCUUACCAGUGUCUUUGGAAACAGACCAAAGCUAAUUUUCAAAACUCUUUUGCCCCCUGACACCCCUCCGCCUAAUUCUUCCUCUAACCAGAUCCAGUGAAUUCCUAAGGUUGGACAAAGCGUAGAAGAACCAAGGCUGAGUGUGCAGACCUCAUUCAGAGAGGGUAUUUGGGGACUGGGAUACCCAUAGAUGCUUUAAAGGGGGACUAUAGCAGGUUUGGGAGGACUGGGCACUUACAGAAAGGUGCCCUAGGGAUGGGGGGAGUGCAGGAAUUACAGUGACUGCUUUCUCUCAGCCUGUGCAAUUGGAAGCAAGAUGGCAAAAAGUGAGAAAAAAAAAAUCCUGUAAGAAAGAGUUGAGGUGUGGAAGACAGAUAAGUGUUUGUCACUCAGAACCCCCUUCGAGGAAGGACUUCCUGGCUGUGCAAAAUGUGGUCAGCUCUUUGAGGGUCUGCUCCAGCUGCAGAGAGCCACUGCUCUCAGGGCAGCCUGCAUCUGGUGUCUGAGUGAGAUCAGGUAUAACUAACUGCCUGGCCAUUUCGGUUCAGUGUGAGACACACUGGCAGGCAGUACUUGAACCUUCCCCCACCCCAUACUCACACCAGGGCCCCUCCAGGUUUGUGGAGGUUUUGCCAGGCCUGCAGGGCAGUUUGACUUCCUGUACCCAAUCCCGCUUCCUCCCUCUUCUUUUCACAGGUGUUUAUCCCUAAUAAAUACCUUACA